AUGAAGAUAUAUCAUAACAUUUUUGGAUUCUGCAUUUUUAUAUCCUUAUGGACUCCUUCUAUACGAGCUAUAGAUAACCCACAAGAAGAUUUUAUGGACAGAUUUGAUAUCCUAAAUAACCAUGUAAAUAUAAAAUGGACGAACUCAGGAUCAUUAGGACAAGGGAAUUUAAAAUUUGAUAUUUAUGAUGAAGAUAAUAUAAGUUCUAAGUUAAAUAGUUUAGAAAAUGCAAGACUUUGUCCAAAUAAUGAAAAGGGAAACAUAUAUAGAGGUAGUUGUCCAGAUUACGGAAAAACGUUUUCGAUGGACUUGGAUAAAGAUGAAUAUAGUGAAGAUUUCUUAAAUGAAAUUAGUUUGGGUUUAUUAAAUAAGAAGUUGUUGAUUGAUGUGGAAAUCCCAGUUAAUAUGAGUGGGCUAGCUAUGUACCAAGGUUUGUUUGCAAAUUGUCCUUAUGACAAAAAUCAUGUUAAUGAUAUAAAAAAUGAAAAAGAGUAUGAUAUGUGUUUUGAUAAAUUCUAUAGCAAUAAACAGAAUAUAUCUACAAGGAUUAAAAAAUACCCGUUAAUAAGUAAAUAUACAUAUUUUGGGUCACAUGGGUUAGGGGGGAGAUUAGGUUCUAAUACCGAAUAUCCUUUACACAUUUAUAACCCAAUUGAAAAUUAUAGAACACAAAAAAUGAGAUAUCCUAAAUUAGUCGAAACUUUGGAAGAUUGUUCGAUAUAUUCUCAUUGUAUCGGACCCUGUUUUGAUAGAGAUUUUGAUAACAAAUGCUUUCGCGAUUUACCUGUAGCUUUUAAUCACAAAACAAAAGAAUGUAUAAUAAUAGGAACUCAUGAAGAAAAAAAAACAACAAAUUGCAACUCAGACAAUUCGAGAAAUAAUGGUAGAUGUUUUUCAUCUAUAAAAAAAGAAAAGGGAAAGGAUUGGACAUAUGCAUCUUCUUUUUUGCGUCCAGAUUAUGAAACAAAGUGCCCACCAAGAUACCCACUAAAUAAUAGUGAAUUUGGUUACUUUAAUUAUAACACUGGAAACUGCGAAUCACCUACAAAAUUAUACGAUAAUAGUGUAAUUAGCUUUAAUGAAUGUAUUGAGAAAUUGUUUAACUUUAAUUAUGCGAAUGAGGACCCUGAGGAAAAAAGGAAUAAUUAUUUAUGGGGAGUUUGGGUUUUAGGAAAUAAACAAAAUAAACUAAAUUCAAUGAAUGAUUUGGGAGUGUGUGCAUUAUUAAAAGAAAAACCAACAUGUGUUUUAAAAAAACAAAAUUAUUACUCCUUUACUAAUUUAACAGCAAAUUAUUUUGAUAAUAAUCAAAAUAUUGAGUAUCCAGAUAUCGAAAAUGUCAAAAUAUGGAAAAAUAGAAAUUCUGAAUUGAGUGAUAAUCUAAAAUAUAAUGAUAAAAAGUUUAAAAAUUCCGAUAUAAAUAAAGGAAUGGCAAUAAAUAUGAAUGAUAUUAAUGAAAUAAAAGAAAAUAGUAAACUCCAAACUAAUAAGGGCAACGAAACGAAAAAGACAAAAUAUGGAUUAUACAAUUAUCCGAUUACACCAAUAUCAUAUCUUCAAAUACAUCAUAAAAUGGAAUUAAAAAAUUAUAAUAUGGAUUCUGAAAAUUCUUUCACAUCUUUCCAUAAUACGAAUGCUCCAACUCACUAUGAAGGGAAUAGUAAAUUUAGCACCGGCGUAAAUAACAAAAGAGAGAAUACAUAUGGAACUCAGGAUAUAAAUUUAAAUAGAAAUAAUAAUUAUAAUCAACCAAAAAAUAAACCUAAUCCUCAAGCCGAAUAUAUGGAUAGGUUUGAUAUUGAAAAAAAUCAUAUAUAUAUUGAUUGGAAACAAGAUGGUAAAUAUGGAAGCGGUAAAUUAAAAUAUAAUAUAAUAUCACAUGAAACCGCUGAUACUAUUCAAUCAUUAUUAAUUACCGACAAAGAUGACAUAUGUCCUAAUCAUUAUUCUCCUGGAAGAGCGCAAGGAAGUUGCCCUAAUUAUGGUAAAUCGAUUGUUGUUAAAACACCUGAAAGUAUUAAUGGUAAUGAACAUUUGAAUUCAAAUUUUUUAAAUGAAAUACGUACUGGGUACCUUAACAAAUAUAUGAAAUCUAAUGUUGAACUUCCAUAUGAAAAAAGUGGGUUAGCUAUGCAUCAUGGUGAUUUAAGUGUAUGCCCCAAAUCUUGGGAUGAAGAAAAUUUGUAUAAAAAAAAUAGAGAUUAUAAUUAUGAUAUGUGCAAAAGCACUGUAAUGAAAUCGACUAUACCAUUGAAAAUGUUUGAUUAUAAAACUAAAAAACUGUUAUAUUUUGGUCUUUAUGGUUUAGGGGGGCGAUUGGGAUCUAAUAUUUCAAAAGUAAAAAAUAUAUUUAAAUCACAGCCAAAUAACAUAACAUUACCAAUGUUUAAUCCAUCAUCAAUAAAAAAUUUACUUGAUUGUUCAUUAUAUAGUUAUUGUUUAGGUCCAUGCCUGGAAAAUGCAUAUAAUAAUAAAUGUUUCCGUAGUCUGCCAGCAUAUUUUAAUCAUGAAACAAAUGAAUGUAUAAUAUUAGGAACACACGAACAAGAAAGGAAUAAUAAUUGUAGAACGAGGAGAUCUGAUACAGAUAAACCGAAUUGCCAGAAUGUUAGAAAAAAUAUAUCAACAAAAAAUUGGACAUAUGUAACAUCAUUUAUUAGGCCAGACUAUGAAGAGAAAUGCCCACCAAGAUAUCCUCUCAAAUUUAAAAGUUUUGGAAAAUAUGAUGAAGAAACAGGAAAAUGCAAAAGUCUUAUAAAUAAAAAGAAUAUCAUUAAUAUUCCUUUGUUUUCUUCUUGUUUAGAAUAUAUGUUCAUAAUGUAUCCUUCUGUUUUACAGAGAACUGAAAAAAAAAAUUAUUGGGGUGUGUGGGUUGCAAGUGAAUCUGUUAAUUCGAGUAAUUUGUAUAAUGCUAAAGGAGAAUGUUAUUAUAUAAAUGAAAAACCUAAUUGUGUUAUUGACAAAGUAAAUCAUUUCUCAUUUACUUCCCUCACAACAAAUGAUAUUGAUUUUAAUCAAAAUAUUAAUCUCGUAAAACUUGAUGAAUUAGUCAUAAAUAAUGACCAAUCAUCUUCACAUAAUAGAGCAAAAUAUAAUACGCCUAUUGAAAAUUCUGAAUCUACUAUUGUAAGAAAACAUAAUAGUGCUCCUGAACAUUUUCGUAGUUUAAAAAUUAACAGUUAUACACCAAAUAGGAGGGGAGAAAAUUUUGCAAAGGAAAGUGAUUCUACAAGAAAUACCGAUGAAUCGAAAAUGGAUGAGGUGAUAAGGAAACGUGAAGAAGCUGCAAAGAAUGCUGAGAUAAUAAGAAAAUUUGAAGAAGCACAAAAGGCUGCGUGGGCAAAAAAAGCAGAAGAGGAAAGGAAAAAGGCUGAAGCUGUAAAAAAAGCAGAGGAGGAAAGAAAACGAAUUGAAGCUGAAAAGAAAGCAGAGGAGGAAAGAAAACGAAUUGAAGCUGAAAAGAAAGCAGAAGAAGAAAGAAAACGAAUUGAAGCUGAAAAGAAAGCAGAAGAGGAAAGAAAAAUAAUUGAAGCUGCAAAGAAAGCAGAAGAAGAAAGAAAACGAAUUGAAGAAGCUAAAAAAGCAGAAGAGGAAAGAAAAAAAAUUGAGGCUGCAAAGAAAGCAGAAGAGGAAAGAAAAAAGGCUGAAGCUGUAAAAAAAGCAGAAGAGGCAAAAAAAAAGGCUGAAGCUGCAAAGAAAGCAGAAGAGAGAAAAAAAAAAGCUGAGGCUGCAAAGAAAGCAUUAGAGAGAAAAAAAAAAGCUGAGGCUGCAAAGAAAGCAUUAGAGAGAAAAAAAAAGGCUGAAGCUGCAAAGAAAGCAGAAGAAAAAAAAAAGGCUGAAGCUGCAAAGAAAGCAGAAGAAGAAAAAAAAAAGGCUGAAGCGGCAAAGAAAGCAGAAGAAGAAAAAAAAAAGGCUGAAGCUGCAAAGAAAGCAGAAGAAGAAAAAAAAAAGGCUGAAGCGGCAAAGAAAGCAGAAGAAGAAAAAAAAAAGGCUGAAGCUGCAAAGAAAGCAGAAGAAGAAAAAAAAAAGGCUGAAGCGGCAAAGAAAGCAGAAGAAGAAAAAAAAAAGGCUGAAGCGGCAAAGAAAGCAGAGGAGGAAAGAAAAAAGGCUGAAGCUGCAAAGAAAGCGGAAGAAGAAAGAAAACGAAUUGAAGCUGAAAAGAAAGCAGAGGAGGAAAGAAAAAAGGCUGAAGCUGCAAAGAAAGCGGAAGAAGAAAGAAAACGAAUUGAAGCUGAAAAGAAAGCAGAGGAGGAAAGAAAACGAAUUGAAGCUGAAAAGAAAGCGGAAGAAGAAAGAAAACGAAUUGAAGCUGAAAAGAAAGCAGAAGAGGAAAGAAAACGAAUUGAAGCUGUAAAAAAAGCAGAAGAAGAAAGAAAACGAAUUGAAGCUGAAAAGAAAGCAGAAGAGGAAAGAAAACGAAUUGAAGCUGUAAAAAAAGCAGAAGAAGAAAGAAAACGAAUUGAAGCUGAAAAGAAAGCAGAAGAGGAAAGAAAAAUAAUUGAAGCUGCAAAGAAAGCAGAAGAAGAACGAAUAAAGGCUGAAGCUGUAAAGAAAGAAGAAGAAGUAAUAAAAAAAAACAGCAAUCUUUCUGAAACAAAAAUUUCGAAUAAUUAUGAAACGCGCAAUAUUGAUGAUAAUAGUUUUAAAAAAUUAGAUGAAGAAGAGUAUAAAUCAAGAAAUAUUGAUAAUACACGGAAUAAAAUCAUAAGCAUGUCAAAGGAAAAUAUGUGUACUAACGAUGUUUCAUCAAAAUAUUGUGACUAUAUGAAAGACAAAAUAUCAUCUGGAAAUUGUUCGAAUGAUGAAAGGAAACAAUUAUGCUGCUCAAUAUCAGAUUAUUGCUUAAACUACUUUGAUUAUAAUUCAAAUAAAUAUUAUGAUUGUACAAAGAAGGAAUUUUCAGAUCCUUUAUAUAAAUGCUUUAGUAACGAGGAAUAUUCAAAAGCGGUUUAUUUUGCUGGGGCGGGAAUAAUAAUGUCAAUCCUGAUUGCCAUAUGUUUAAAAAUUAUAGGAAAAAAAUGGUUUAAGGAAGUUGCUUUUGAUGAAAUUGUUGAAGAUUAUGAUAAAGUCUAUACGUUAGCUAUGAUAUCUAGCGAAAAAUUAUAG